AUGUCGGCUCCCGCACUCCCACUAGUGGUGGAUCCUGCUAUGCUCAAUGACCUCAACCAAGGUGAUAAUUCGGACAACAAUGGCUAUGAAUAUGAAUACGAAUAUCAUGAGUCGGACACAGAAACCUUUUUCGUCGAUCUCGACCUCACCUCCUACCACGGCCCAAUUCGGCCUCCUCGGCGUCGCUCGGAAGCCUCUGUGACGACUCCUGCAACUGCUUCUUCCCAGUUACCUUCGUCCCCUGUCCACCAUAGCACCCCGGAGACAGGUGUCGCCCAGAUAGCCCCUGAUCCUGACUCCGAUCGUGACCAUGUCCAGAUCCUUGGCCUCCACACUCUCAACCCAAUUGUCUCCUAUCAGAACCGUCUGUUCAGCUGUUCAUGGACCGACCUGAUUGGGACCGAGUUGCUCUUCACACAUCCCCAAGCUGAAGCCUAUGCUGAAUCAACCCUUCCCGAGAUGCCAUCCCUGAAGCGCGGAAAGAAUUACGAUCUCAUCGCUGCUAACAGCGUCAAGAUUAUCGGUCGCAGAGCUAACGCCAUCUCCCGCUCGGGAUCAGGAUUGGCAUUGGACCCAGUCGCUGAACCGGGAAACCCUCCAGGAUCUUCUGGUCCUUCAGCACCCCAGACGAACCAGGCCCGGUUUCUGCAGCGUCUAGCCAACGUCAAGCGAUCCAAGGGAGAAAUGGACACCGUUCGUACUGUCUUCAGCGUGAGACGUGCACAAAAUAUCGACGACCGUCUGCGCGGCUGGGCUCGCACCGAGGAACAGAUGGCGGAAAUCCAACAUCUGAAUCACCGCGCGCUACAGGGUGAUGACGAUGCCCUGGUGAGAUUGGAGAGCCUGUUUGCCCAGCUAGCACCGCAGGAUAGGCAGUCAGAUACCGCUGGAACUCCGGUUCUAUCUGAGCACCAGUACCAGUAG